AGUACCAUCAUUCGAUCAGUUUCAUCGUGCCAAAGCAUUUCCGGUUCGUUUCUUGGUCGCCCCCCACCCCCACCCCGACGUGCGCGGUCAUCUAGUACAACUCUGGCGAAGUGAAGAGAGUCAGUUUUCAAUGGUGAAACCCUCGUCAGAAAUCCACCAGAACCUCAUCAACUUAUCUGAACCAAUAAACCAAACUCUACUUACAACCCCAUACAUACCACCAGAAGGAACAAACAUCUCUGUUAAAUCAAUACUUGAAUCUUUGUUACCUAAUAAUAAUCACAACUCCCACAAAGAUAUCCAAACAGAAAUUAAAGAUUUCUGCUUAUGCUGUGCCUUAUUAGCUUCAAUUGAUACAGUUCAAAAUAUAUCACCGUUACUUUCUUGGAUACCCAAAGAACUUAGAGUUUUAGCAAAACAAGUAUUGUCAGAACUCCCAGGAAUUCAAUUUUCAGAAUUGGGAAGUGAAUUAGGGUUGAAGAGAUUAGUGAUGGAAUUAAUAACUGAAGUAUUGCCCGAAUUGAAAGGUGUUAUGAAAGAGAGUUCUAUAGAUUAUACUGAUGAUGGUGAUGAAUUUUCUGCUGCUUCAGCUAGAACUCCUGUUGCUUAUGCCAUUGUUGCUGCUUAUCAGUUUAGAUGGUUUGUCACUCAGGUUGAAUAUCCACAUUUAGGAAAGUUAUGUUCUUUGGUGAUACCUUGUGCAUUAACAGCUAUAGAUCAUUGGUCGCCUGAAGUCAAAGGACAAGGCAUGUUGAGUUUCAUACAUCUGGCGAAGAAUGUGAAUGCUGCUGAAUUUGGUGUUUAUGAGGAUGUGAUUCUUGAUAUUUGUUGUAAAAACAUUGCUGCGACUGAUGAAUUAUGGCAUUAUGUGGUUGAGAUGUCAGUGCUUAUGGUGACUUGUACCCAGCGAAAGAACCCUCGCAGCUCAUGGUUUGAGAGGAUGAUGAAUGAAAUGUUAAGUCAUUUAGAGCGUCAACCAAGGCAUAAAGAUCGUCGUAAUUCAUGGCUUGAACUUAUCGAACCUGUUUUUAACAGCAUGGGGAUUGUCUUAUUGGCACACUUUAGACGCAUUUUUCCACUUCUUUUUCAGUGGAUGCAUGCUGAUGAUGAUAGAACAGUUAUACUGGUGCUUGAAAGGGUUCAGACAAUUAUCAAGUUAACCUGGAUCAGGAACACACCUUAUACUGAAAGAUUGGUAGAAGAGCUUACUGUUACCCAUAAGGAAGCAGCUCUUAGAAGAUCUCGUGAAGAAAUCCGAAACCAAGUUCUUCAGAUCCUGGUCUUGCUUCAGAAAUGCAAGGGCACACAGUUUGAAGCAGUCUGGGACAAGUACAGGGACGACCCAAACUUAAGAACUCUUUCAUCAUCCUUAUGCAAAGAGACUGCGGCUGUGGUUGCUCACUGAUGGGGAUCGAAGGUUCUGAAGUUGUCAGUGAAGAAUUGCUUUGAAGCCCAACGUCAGAAAAUCUGUCCAGCCACCAAUGAUCGAAAGCAGCAGGAGAGCUCCAGCCACUUUAAAAAACAGGUCCGAGUUCUUCCCUAGUGCAAUAUCCAAAGAAACAGAAGAAAAUGCAUUUACCCGACUUCGUAUUAUAGCUGCUGCUUCAUUCAUAACUUCUUCUGAAAUAUGUAAUUCUGGUAAUGGUGGAGGUGGUCUGUAAUCGAGAACCGU